UACGUGUUUAAAACGCGUCUUAUGCUAGAUCGUGUUGUUUUGAGAGCUGUAAUGUAGCUAAAAAUGAAGGUUUUUAGUUUUAUUUUAUUAUAUAACAAAGGCUAAUACAUGAUUUGGUUGGAUGCAUGAUUAAAUUAUUUGUAAGUUAGACGGAACUGAUGAGGAGUUCAAAAGAGACCUUCAGUAUUUGCUAACGUUACAAUAAACGGACAUCAUGCUCGGCUCUUCAUAACAUCAAUAACAAAAGAUGAUGGAGGAUUUCUCAGGUCUGGCUUUACCUCCACUGUUUGGGGGUCACAUUCUGGAAGCGGAGCUGGAGACGGGUGGAGUGGAGCUGGGCCCCAGCGGCAGUGAGCUCCUGGAGGACGACGGGGCCCCUGCCGGCCCCACACAGGAUGGGGAAGAUGAGAGGAGAGAGCUGGACAAAAGCAAGUAUCAAGCUCUCAGCAAGAGGUGCAAAGAGAUUGAACAGGUAAAUGAGAAGAUUUUGGGACGGCUUCACCAGAUCCAAAGACUGACACGCCGACUGAGGAAAGAAAGAAGGUUCCUCAUGAAGACUCUGGACUCGUAUGGAGAUGAUUACAGGACGGCUCAGCUCACCAUCCCACUAGAGGACGAAGGAAAGGCUUUAGAUCCUGCUCUCGAUGAAGACGGCUCUUCUCCAGCGUUUGCUCUUCAGUCCGCCGGUGGACCCAAGAAAAAGAGGCAUCGGGUUCCCAAGGACAGAGAGAGAGAUGCACAGAUGGAGUCGGAGCAGCCGGUCAUUACAGAAGGUCCGUUCACCGGAUUCCCCAGUCCUAGUUCCCUCUCUCACUGAUCCCAGAGCAGAAACACCCUCUGAACCUCCACUUACAGGGAAUCAAGCAACUGAAGGGGUUUUUUUUUUUUUUUGUGGGGCUGAAUGAGAAAUGUUUUAUUUUUUUUAUAAGUAAAUUACUGUAGAGCAUUUUUAUGCAAGCUUGUUUCCGCCACAGGAUUAAAAUAACUUUUUUUCCUAGCAAUUGUGUAAUUCAGUUUAUUUCCUACAAUUAUGAUUUUUUUUUUCCCCCCCCUUUGAAUUGUGAUAUACAAACUUGGAAUUGAAAGUUAUAAAUUGUGAGAUUAUGCAAGAAAAAAAUUGUGAGCUAUAAACUUACAAAUGUAAACUUUUAGGUAUAAAUAUAAAAAGGUUAUUGCAAAUCUCAUGAUUUUUGGCUCGUAGUUCAACAUAACCCACAAAAAAAAAAAAAAAAUCGGAAUUUCUGAGUUACAAAAUUGGGAGUCAAAGUUCAAACUGUGAGAUAUCAAACUAAAUGUCAGAACUGUGAGAUUACCCUUUUAAUUCUGUGGCAGAAACAAGCUUCCAUGCAUUUAAUCUCAACCCUUUUGAAAUGAUAAUCUUUUGUAAUGAAGACAUUGUGACAAAUGUUUUUUUACAGUUUAAUAAACAGAGCUGCAGCUUUUGACACAAAA